GACUCCUCUAUCUGACUCUGCUCACUCAUUUCCUUUCUCCUCAGACAUCUCUCCAGCUUCCUCCAGCUCUGGGACCCUCAUUCAGUACACCCCAGACUCUGCCACAAGCCCAACCACAGAAGACCCAUCUCCACACCCCUCUUCCCAGAAGGUCAAGGAGGAAGUUGAGGGUGGGGUGAAGAAAGCCAAGAGCCGAACAGCUUUCUCCCAGGAGCAGCUGCAAACCCUGCACCAGCGGUUCCAGAGCCAGAAGUAUCUCAGCCCCCAGCAGAUCCGGGAGCUAGGCUCAGCCCUGGGGCUCACUUACAAACAGGUGAAAACAUGGUUUCAGAACCAACGGAUGAAGUUUAAACGCUGCCAGAAGGAGAGUCAAUGGGUGGAAAAAGGGACAUAUCUACCACAGAAUGGGUUUCAUCAGGCUGCAUACCUGGAUAUGACCCCUACAUUUCACCAGGGCUUUCCUGUUGGUGCCAGCAGAAACCUUCAGGCUGUGGCCAGCGUCCACCAGGCUUACAGCAGUGGCCAGACAUAUGGGAAUGGGCAGGGCCUGUACCCGUUCAUGGCUGUGGAGGAUGAUGGGUACUUUGGGAAAGGUGGGACAAGCAGCAAUACUCAGCAAGCCAUGGGUUUAUUAAGCCAGCAGAUGAACUUCUAUCAUGGCUACCCUAACAAUGUGGAUUAUGCCAGCCUGGAGUCAGAUGAGACCUACAGCUUCCAGAGCACCUCUGACAGCAUCACACAGUUCUCAGGCUCUCCUGUACGACAUCAGUACCAGGCCCCUUGGCAUCCCCUGGGAACCCAGAAUGGUUAUGAGUCUUAGGCCCAAGUAUUCUUUCUCCCUUCACAGUGCUUUCUCAUUAAUUCCUAGGGUCUUGAUCCAGAGAUCUAGUUCUGAUUCCUUUCUCUUCUUCCCCCUCCCCCUGCUUUCAUCCCUAACUCCUGUUCUAUUCAUUGAGGCACACACCCUGCUGCCUUGGGCUCCUUUUCUGAUUAAAAGCAUCUGGCUGUGCAUAGCUAACCCCUGGCAAGGGUGGCUUAUGUUUGGGUACGUAAAACUAUUAAUGGAGGAGAAUGUACAAUGCCACAGCAAGAAGCAGCAGAGGUGGAAAAGGUUCAUGUCCACUGUCCAAGACCCACCUUCCUCUGCUGCCUGCUGAUUCUCCGAUCCUUGCCUUGUGUGUCUUGCAGCAGAGCUUUGCUGGAAAAGAAUUCCUCUGCGCUUCAGCAUAUUUCUGCUAGAAAUGCCCUAUUGUAGCCCAGAAUCUUCCCUGCUGUCUUGUUUAUUUCUGUUGCGACUUCAGUCAACUGCUGGUAAGUUCUUCAUCUGGAUCCUCUCCUCCCUCACUGAAGAGCUAAAUGAGAUCAUCUUAUCUCAGAUAACUUGAUCCAAAGUUAAUCCUAGCUCCUCCUUCUAGUGGAGUCAGUGCCUACCUGCCCUUGGCCUGCUGCCUUCCUGUGUAAAUGAGGCAACUGAGGGGAGGGAAGGAGCACAAGAAAGAAAAGUGAGAGAAAGGCCCGUAUUUGACAUAAAAACUUUCUCUGUGGUACCCAAAGCUGUUAACUUCUUUGUACCUGUUGGCUUAUUCAGGAUGAUGUUUCUGGAUUUGUCCUCACACAGUUUAGAUCUUCCCCCUUCAACAUCUGUCUGCUGACAGGGUUGGCUUGUCCCCUCCUGCAGUUUGCAGGAGAGGGUAUCCUAAAGUGCUCUUGUUGGAAGUGUGAGGAGUGGCUGUGUGUAGCCAUUCUUUGAGUGGUGAGAACAGUUUGCAUAUCGGUACAUGAAGGUCCCCUAGCACUUCACAAACACAGCACCACUAGAAUGCAGCUUUCCCUGUGGUAGAGGGGAGCAGCGUGUAAGCUAGUAAGAUUUUUCAUCCCUUCCCUGGGACUUAGUUGAGUCUCUUGUAUGCCCUUCUAUUGAAAAGGGCACUGGCUAAACCAUCAGACAUCAGUAUGCAAGUUCUGGGGAAGGUGAGAAGCUUAGAGAAACCUAUUUGGACAGAAUGAGGAAAAACAUUUUUUUUGGAGAACUGAAUCAUCCCUGCCAGUAUUGGGGAAACUGGAAGUCUGCUCCAACUUGUGUGUGAAACUGACUUCUUAAUGGGAUGUGGAACUGCAGAGUGCAGUCUGCCACUGCCCAAGAAUAUAAAAUGAUUGUGUGAGCUGUCAAUAAUGGUAUGAGGUGGUGAAAGUGUAAAUAGUUCUGUGGUAGGGCGGCUUUGUUGUUAAUGCACAAUUCUUACUGCAAUUCUGUGUUAUAGUUGAACUUCGACUGCAAAGGAGAUAAGUUUACUGUUGCUCUAGAAUCAUUUUUCUUAACAUAUUUUCUUGCAGUGAUUUUGAUCCUUUGUGUAUGUGGUUUUUUAUUACUUUG